GUCAGACGUCAAAUUGUCACUUGAUAAUUCCUGCUCGGCUGUAGGCAGGAAUUGUGUGAAAUAUUCGCCGAGAAUUAUAAAUUAAAAUAGUAAAUAAUAGAAAAUUCAAGAUGUCAUUCAAUUUCUUACUGAACUCGGGCAAAGCCAAUUCAGUCAUCAAAGAGUUUGUGCGUAAUGCCAGUAAGAAGACUGGAGGUAGUACAUCCAACACUAAUUGUAAGGUAAAGCCGAAGCACAGAGGGUGGAAGGUGCAAGAUGGUCACCAUGUUCAAGCUGGUCAUAUGCUGGUCACCCAGAGGACGCCUAGGUUCCACCCUGGAUUAAAUGUUGGAUUUGGUAGAAACGGUACUCUCUUUGCCAUGGAAGCUGGUAAGGUAGUAGUGACCUGCGAAAAGUUUGACCCCAAUUGGGACCACACAUGGGUACAGAGGAUCUACUCCGGAAGGCAAGAUCAGACCAUAUUGAAGAAGUAUUACAACAUCAUACCUGAGCCUCAACACCAAAGGUUUAAGCUUGUCGAUGAAAUUUGAAUGGAUUUGAUUGUUAUUUAGUUAUCUUAGGUAAUAUAUUCUUAGUUGAAA